ACCAUUCACUGCUUCCACUCUCCCUCUGCCUGGCAUAAGAUCACAUCUACUACUACUUUUAACAACCACUCCCAUCAAUAUGUCCUAGGCUAUUGGUUAUCAAAAUCAACAUUCGGCAAUUAAAUGUUAUUAUCAGAAGACAACAUUCACAAAUACUAUUCAUUUUGACGAAGUGUUUGUUGACCGUUUUGGGUGGUCUCAUUGGUCAACAGUAUUUUGAUUAGCGAAUCAGAUACUAGAUACUUGUGCGUCACUCGGUAGCUACUUUCAGGAAACGCUUGCUAACAUGGUUUGCAUUAACGUUCUUGGAAAUCAGCAAGCUAGCUAGGGUGAAACUAAAAUAAAGUAAGCAUAAGGGCUUUCUUGUCGCUCAGGAAGUUUAUUCUCACAUUAGCUAUUGAAAACAGCGAUUUAAAGGCUCAUCUUUAGCUAGCUACUAGCCAACUAACGCCUAGCUACCAGCGAAGUAAACAAACAAGGGACCAAGUCACAGCAGCAGGAGCCAUGGCAAAUGAAAGCACACAGUUCUGUGCCAAUUGUCAGCAUGACAUUCCAGAGGCUAAUUUCACUACUCAUGAGAGUCACUGUCGCCGGAAUAUUGCUCUGUGUGUUGUGUGCCAAGAGCCAGUGCCCCGUUCAGAUCUGCAGCAGCACAAGGAACAAGAGCACAUGCAGGUGAAAUGUAAGUGCGGUUUAAAGAUUGAGAAAAGCCUCAUGGAAUCCCACCAGAGAUCUGAGUGCAAUCAGCGGAUGGUGCCGUGUCAGUACUGUGAACUGGAGCUGGUUUUCAGUCAGUCCAAGGAGCAUGAGGAUUAUUGUGGGACGCGCACAGAACCCUGUCCAUUCUGCAAGUGCAAUGUAAUGUUGAGGGAGCAAGCUGUCCACCCAGCCUUGUGUGGUAGCCUCACACCACCUCAAGAGAGAAACAACAGCCGGGCAACUCACAGCCCAGCAGAGACCCAGUCUCCAGGAACAUGGUUUGAAUCUCACUCCAUCCGUAACCUGCUGAGGGCCCAGAAGGGAGAAGGCCACAAGAACAACAACGCCAGUGCGUCUGACCGCAGGGCCCUGCCACGGCCACUGGAGGCCAGAGUGCACAACAGCACCCGGGGGCAAGUGGGCCUGGGAGAAAGGGGGAACAUUGCCCCUAGGAAUACAGACUUCAGCCACUUACUGGAACAGGAAGCUGCAGUGCUGGGCAACAACAAUAACAACAUGGCAUCAUUGGCAUGGCCUGCAGACCAAUCACUGGGAGAAGACUCUGCCAGCCUGGACUACCUUCUGGCCCUUAGCCUGCAGAGUGAUGGAGACACAGGGGAUGUAGGGGGAGGAGCGGGGGCAUUGUGGACAGAUGUAUGGGACCACAAAUUUGGAAGGAUGUCCAGCAGCGGCUCUCCUAUCACUCCCCCUAAUAACAACUACCAACAUAUCACCACUGGCACCAAUACAGCACCAGAACAUGACCAGACAGACACCAUGUUGCCCUGUGAGUUCUGUGAGGAGCUGUUUCCUGAAGAGGACCUCAUUUUACACCAGACUGGCUGUAGUCCUGCCUCAGCCUUUGCAUCUUUCAGCAAGCGACCUCCGUCUCCAUGCUAUGAUGACAGGAUUGCUAGGGGUGCUGGUGGUCUUCUGCACAUCCCACCUGACACCCCUAGCUUCCCCAACUUCCCCCGUUCAGUCUCCCCGCUCUCCUGUAGUCCACCUGCCAGUCCACUACAGAGAGACGUGGUCAUUCCAUGUGAGUUCUGUGGAGUAGCCCUGGAGGAGGCGGUUGUCUUUCACCACCAGGAUAAAUGUGACUUCCGACCUCGCACGGCUCCCUUAGUGGAUAAGGUCAACAAAGUGUCCUUUCAAAAACCAUCUCUUCCUCUCAAAGAGAGCCGUGGAUGGAGCUCCUCUGAGGUGCAGAGGAGACUCAAGCACCAAUCGGUCCCCUUGGAUGGGCUGGAAAGAGAGAAGCCCCAGGUGCAAAGCCCAAAUGAAUGGCAGAGAGUCCACAGUGGGCUACCCAUUCCAGGGAAGAUCUCAAACUGUGAUCCUCAGGUGAAGAACAGGCCCCAGCAUGGGAGUGAGGCAGAGGGGGGGCACUUGGUAUUCAGUGAAGGCCACAAAUCCAACUCUGCAGCAGCUGUGGGACCUCCCCUAAGAGAAAAUAAUGAGGGACCAAGGAUUAAAGGACCAAGGAAUGCAGGGCCAUCAAAGGUGCCUAAGAAGCAAAACAAAGAACAGGAAGAUGAGUGAGGGCAAGACUGUCGAAGGAAAGAGCUGCAGACAAUCACCAAAUGCUUUUUGUGUGUGCUGUAGUCUGUCACUCUAACAGUGGUGGCGUUACUGGCUGGCUACAUUGCCGAUGCCUGCCAGAUCUCACUACACUUGGGAAGGUGUUUAACAUAUCAGCAAACCACAUUGUUUAACAAUCUGAUGCCAGAUUGUGCAACAGAAGAUGUGGCGCAAACCAGUGGUUGAUGCAAUGUAGUCCUCCUGGAACACGACCAGAGUCUCUUUAUUGCCUGUGUGUAUGUUUCAGUUGCUCUUCCUUUUUAAAGUCUAAAGAGUCAAACUUGAAUGAUUCCAAUAGUUUGUCAUAACUUUCAGCUUUUUGUAAUCUUUUAAGUUUUAAACUUUUAAUAUCAAUUGUAUAGGAUUUAGGAAACCCACCUUAAUAUACUCUUGAAAAACCUAUGUAAAAAUGUAUACAGGUAUGUAAGAAAUCUUAAAGCUCCACAAAGAAAUUGUACUCUUCACUGAAUAAUACAAAAUCAAUGACACAUACAGUAUCAAAGCAUUAUUUGUAUUUAGGGCUGCACCUAUUGAACUGUUUGUUUUUUGUAUGCUUUGUGAUAUUAUCUUCAUACUUUUAAUAAAUCCUUAGUAUCAGUGUU